CUCUUCCCAAUUCCCAUUUCAAAACAAAAAAGCUUACACCUUUUCAGACCUCCUUUUUGCCUCUUUCUUUAAUUCUUUCAACAAAAAAAAAUAAAAUACAGAAACUCUCCAUUAACCUUUUUCCCUAUAAGUUAAAGCAAAUUGAAGUAAACCACAGAAGAGAGUAGAAGAAACUUCAAUCUCUUCUUCUCUAUAACUUUUUCAAAACUCUAUAGUGAAGAAGUUGCACACUAAAAAAGAUGAGGGAGGUAUGGACAACGUUGGCAUCAAUGAUGGGUGUAUGGGCAUUCAGUCAAAGCCUCCUUCAAGUAGUUUUCCCACCGGAAAUUCGUUUCGCCAUGCUCAAAAUCAUACAUCGCAUCUGUAACUGGUUCUCCGCUUAUUGUUACUAUGAUAUCACGGAGAUCGAUGGAGUUAACACCAACGAGCUUUACAACGCUGUUCAGCUUUACCUGAGUAGUUACGCUUCUGUUACGGGAAAUCGUUUGAGUUUAACCCGUGGAUUGAAUUCUAGCAGCAUAACUUUUGGGUUGUCGAAUAACGAUUCUCUCAUAGAUGCAUUUAAUGGCGUUAAAGUUCAUUGGGAACAUGUUGUUACUCCGAGAAAUUCACAGACAUUUUCAUGGCGGCCAUUACCGGAGGAGAAAAGGGGUUUUCUACUCCGGGCUAAGAAGAAAGAUAAAUCAGUUGUGUUGGGUGCUUAUCUGGAUUUUGUUAUGGAAAAAGCAAAUGAAAUCAGGAGGAAGAAUCAGGAUCGAUUGCUGUAUACAAAUUCACGUGGAGGUUCACUUGAUUCGAGAGGACAUCCUUGGGAGUCGGUACCGUUUAAGCAUCCGAGUACUUUUGAGACACUUGCUAUGGAUCCUCAGAAAAAGGCUGAAAUUAUGGCAGAUCUUUUGGAUUUUGCGAAUGGGGAAUCUUUUUAUCAGAGAACUGGUAGGGCUUGGAAAAGGGGUUAUCUUCUUUAUGGACCACCAGGUACAGGCAAGUCAAGUAUGAUUGCUGCAAUGGCUAAUUUUCUUGGUUAUGAUAUUUAUGAUCUUGAAUUAACAGAAGUGCAUACAAAUUCUGAGUUGAGGAAGUUAUUGAUGAAAACAAGUUCUAAAUCGAUUAUAGUUAUUGAAGAUAUUGAUUGUUCAAUCAAUUUGACUAAUCGAAAAAGUAAUAAUAAUACUUGUAGUAAUAGUAGCAGGGAUAAUAACAUGAGUUGCAGCAACUACAAUGUUUCACUUCCAGGAAGUGGGGUUGGUUGUGGUGGUGGUGGUGGUGGUUCGAAUAGUGAAGAUGGUGGUGGAAAUACUAUAACUCUAUCCGGUUUGUUAAAUUUUACUGAUGGUUUAUGGUCGUGUUGUGGUAGUGAGAGGAUAUUCGUUUUCACAACGAAUCACAUUGAGAAGCUUGAUCCAGCGUUGUUAAGGUCUGGACGAAUGGACAUGCACAUCCACAUGAGCUAUUCGUCAUUCGCUGCACUCAAGAUUCUGUUGAAGAAUUACUUGGGAUACAACGAAGACGAUGUAGAGAAGCAACUAUUAGAUCAAUUGGAGCAAAUGAUUGAGCGAGCUGAAAUGACACCGGCGGAUAUAAGUGAAGUGUUGAUCAAGAACAGGAGGAAUAAAGACAAAGCAGUUUGGGAAUUGCUUGAAGCAUUGAAGAAAAGGGCUGAGAGGAAUGCUAAUAACAACAAUAAUGGAAUUAAAUCAAGGGAAAACAACACUGUGGAAGAUGAGGAGCAAGAGAAAAGGGCAUUAUUAGUAGAGAGUCCUAAUAAAGAAGGUGGUGAUGAAUUGCAAGAAAAAUGUGACAAGGAAAAAGGAGGUCAUGAUGUCAAUGAUGAUGAAAAGGUACUUUAGUAAUAAUAAUAAUACUAUAAGGUUAAAAAAAAUAUGAAAAUUUUGAUUCUUUAAAUCUUUGUGGAGAGGGAAAAGAUCAAAGAGACAAGGAAAUUUGCUGUUUGAAGAGUACAUAAUUUACAAUUCAUGACAUGGAAAUUUUUGUCAAAGAAGGUAGGGACUUGAGGGUUGGGAAAUGAAAUGACUGUAAGACAAUGGCAUUGUUACUAUUUUUCUAUCUUACUACUGCUUUUGAUAUUUUGGAACUUGCAAAAAUAAAUGGGAACCAAAACUAAGUAUGAUUUGUUGAUUUACAUGUGGGGUGUUUAGUUAUGUUAGUUCAUCUUUGUCCCUCUGGAAAUGGUUAUAUAGCAUUAUGAGUUUUCCUA